AUGGUGUCGAGGAAGCCGGGCACUCCGAGGAAACUCCCGGCUUGCGACCCGUGCCGAGCUGCCAAACUCGCCUGCGACCAUUCCAGGCCAGUGUGCACCCGUUGCCGCGACUCAAACCGCACCACGGAAUGCACAUAUCGGCUGCUACCUUUCAAGAAGAAGAAACGGCCCAUGGGCGAAGAGGAAGGCUCGCCGAAUAAAAGAACGCAGCAAGAAUCGCCACAAAGUACGGCGAGAGCUGCAGACUCAGAGUUACCCGUUGAUCCAAUGAUCACAAAGGCACACAAAUACCCCAACCCUGGAUAUCUGGGCUCGUUCAGCCAUACAACGCUGUUCAACCACCUCCCCGGGAGGAGCCACAAUGCGAGUCUCGGUGUAGAUGGAGCAUCAUAUGAUACGACCCAGUCUCGACCCAUAACUGCCGCACCAGAGUCCAACAUUGCCCGCGGGGCGAGCUUGUUGGAGCAACUGGGCCAGACGUUUUCGCUCUCUCUAUGUGAGAAGCUUGUUCGACGGUGGCUAUCAAAGGGCUCCAACUUGGCACUUGCUGGGGUGUUUACGGAUGAUUGUGCCAAGACCAUUCAACAUGUUUUCCUUGAGGGGAAUGGCGGUCGUGCACCUGACUUUAUGGCCAUGUCCAAAAGUCUGUUCUUGCACACUUCCCGUCCUUUGCGUGUGGGCUCUGAUAUCACACUGCAAGGCUUCACUUCCCAAUUCUCUCAUAAUAAUGCACGAUGGGAGACCCUUGGGCUUUUCUUUGCUGCCGUAUCGAGAGCCACAGUUGAUAUCUCAUCCAUCGAAUCCUUCUUUGGGUCGGAAAGAGAGAGACGAGAUCUUCAACGCCUAAGUAUGACCUUUGCUGAUAGCUGCCUCGACAUCGCCAUCUCGUUAGACUGUCUCAAUGAUCUGCAACUUUUCCUGCAGUACGAGAACUUUAUCUCCCAUUCUUUCGUAGACGGUGAUCAAAGUUAUCAUACAUGGAAAGCGCUGGGGGACGUAAUAAGCUCGCUCUUCGCGCUAGGUUACCACCAACAGCUAGAAGGCAACAGUCCAGCCACUCCCGCGUUCCUCGCUGAGCUGCGCGGUGCUUACUUUGCAAGGGCUUAUUCUGCAGACAAGAACAUCUCCAUCUUCCUCGGCAGGCCUCCGCGAAUCCAUAGGAGAUAUUGUCGAUUCAGGCUCCCAGGUUUCGGGGACCAUCAGUGGAAAAUGGAUCUACCAUUUGACUAUUUGGUCGAUACUCAAUGGUCAGCAUUAUGCGCCAUCCUCAAAGAGGAGAUUCUGGAUCUAUUCGAGGCCGAUGAUAAUCCAGGUCGCGCCCAUAGAGCGAGCUUAUUGGAAGCCCGAGCAAAAGAACAAUGGUCGGCCUUGCCAGAGCAUUUUCGCCUGGAGACGCCCCUCAGACUUUGCAACCGUGAACCGAUAAUCCGUGACUUCAUGGUCAGUGCCAGGCUGAACCAUCUACAUAUUUUGUUUUUGCUUCGGCUUGCCUUAUCCAGACAAGCUCCUGAUGCAGACAAGGAGUUGGUGAUUAUAUCUGUUGAGAUACUUGGCCUUGUCGUGGACGCCAUCAUUCAAAAGGACCAACUUGUGAACUCCGGUACAUCUCUGGUUUGGAAGAUUGCGUACUAUGGGCUUUCUGCCGCAGGAGUCAUCUGCUUGUGGUUACUAAACCGCAUGUCCACUACCCGACAGAGCACUCACAUCAACAUUUCCAAAGCUGUACAGCACCUUGGCGUUCUUGUAACGGAAAUGGAAACAGGUAUCCUCGUGCGCACCGACGACCCAAACUACAGACUCCUAGCGAGUGCUUCCCAAACUAUUGACAGCCUGAUCAGUCGGUUGUUAAUGGGAGGAAUACCUUCUCAACCGGCUAUUCUUCCAGCUACAAGAUUUGUUUCUUCAGUUCUAAAUCCGGAGGAACAAGAGACUUGGAAUGGUUGGGAGAGCCAUUCAUUGCAGGAUUUCGAGGUGGAUUUUUGG